AUGACAGAAGAGUGGCAGCGGCACGCCAAGACACAUGGAAAUCCAUACUUUGGAGAGUGGUUGGAGCAUGCGCGAAGGCAGACAGAAGAAGUGGCAGAGAAACUCAGGAAGAAGUACGAGAAAACCCGACAUCAAGGUACACUUUCAGUUUGCAUGUCACGGGGGUGGUGUUUUUGUGCUAUAUCUAUCUGA